CAGAUGCGAACGCUGCGGCUGGGCACUAAGGAUCGACAGCUUCCUGCCUGGAUCCCACAGCCUCGCGCCGCGUUCUGUCGCUCCAUCCCUGCGCGCCCGGGUCUGCCAAGCAGCGUGCCCCAGUGACGGACGUCAUGCUGCGGGCGCGACUCAGGCUCUGCGCCGCUGCGCUGACUGUGCUGGUGCUGGUCGGCGGGCCGCCGGGGGCGCGGGCUGGCGCGAGCUCUGCGGGCUUGGGUCCGGUGGUGCGCUGCGAGCCAUGCGACGCGCGUGCACUGGCCCAGUGCGCGCCUCCGCCCACCGGGUGCGCCGAGCUGGUGCGCGAGCCGGGCUGCGGCUGCUGUCUGACUUGCGCGCUGCGCGAGGGCCAGUCGUGCGGCGUCUACACCGAGCGCUGUGGCUCGGGCCUCCGCUGCCAGCCGUCACCCGACGAGGCGCGCCCGCUGCAGGCGUUGCUGAACGGCCGAGGGCUCUGCGUCAACGCCAGUGCCGUCAGCCGCUCGCGCUCCCACCUGCUGCCAGAGCCGCCCGCGCCAGGAAAUGCUAGUGAGUCGGAGGAAGAUCACAGCAUCGGCAGUGUGGAAAGCCUGUCCGUCUCCAGCACGCACCGGGUGUCUGAUCCCAAGUCCCAGCCCCACCAUUCAAAGAUGGGCAUCAUCAAGAAAGGGCAUGCUAAAGACAGCCAGCGCUACAGAGUCGACUAUGAGUCUCAGAGUACAGAUACCCAGAACUUCUCCUCCGAGUCCAGGCGGGAGACAGAAUAUGGUCCCUGCCGUAGAGAAAUGGAAGACACACUGAACCACCUGAAGUUCCUCAACGUGCUGAGUCCCAGGGGUAUCCACAUUCCCAACUGCGACAGGAAGGGAUUUUAUAAGAAAAAGCAGUGUCGCCCUUCCAAAGGCAGGAAGCGGGGCUUCUGCUGGUGUGUGGAUAAGUACGGGCAGCCUCUCCCAGGCUACACCACCAAGGGGAAGGAGGACGUGCAUUGCUACAGCACGCAGAGCAAGUAGAUGCCUGCCAAGGUUAAUGUGGAGCUCAAAUAUGCCUUAUUUUGCACAAAAGACUGCCAAGGACAUGACCAGCAGCUGGCUACAGCCUUGAUUUAUAUUUCUGUUUGUGGUGAACUGAUAUGUUUUUUAAACCAAAGUUUAGAAAGAGGUUUUUGAAAUGCCUAUGGUUUCUUCGAAUGGCAAACUCGAGCAUCUUUUCACUUUCCAGUAGUCAGCCAAAAGCAGUUUGAGUUUUCUUGUCGCUUCCUAUCAAAAUACUCAGAGCCUCGAGCACAGCACCCAGAUUUAUCCCCCCCCCACCACUGAAUGCUUAACACAUGUUAGCCGGAGCGGCUGACCACCGCCUUCAUGACUUAGGCAGCUGUGUUGCCUAUGUAGAGAAUACACUUCACCCCCACUCCCUGUACAGCGUGCACACGCUUUAUAGAGAAUAGUAAAACCCUUAAACCCCGGUCAUCUGGACAUCCCGACGCACACUCCUGGGGCUCACAGCCUUCCGUGGUGCCAUUUUUCAAGCAAGGGCCUGGGACCCUCAGGCAAGAAACCCAUACUGCUUGGAGACUAUUGGAGAAAAUAAGGUGGAUUCCUACUUGUUUAAAAAAAAAAAAAAAAAAAUUGACCAAGAAUGUUCUAGGGCACUCUGGGAACCUAUAAAGGCAGACAUUUCAGGCCCUCCUUUUCAGGAAGCUUCCUGAAGACAUGGCCCAGUUGAAGGCCCAAGAUGGCUUCUGCUGUGGCCCCAUGGAGUAGGACGGACAGGGAGACAGGGAGAGUCAGCCUCCGCAUUCAGAGGCAUCAGAAACAACGGCACAGUUCUUUGGAUGACUGCAGGAGAUAGUGUUUUGUAGUUCAAUAACUCAAGACGAAGUUUAUUUCUGAAGAUAAGCUCUUUAAAGGCAAAGCUUUAUUUUCAUCUCUCAUCUUUUGUCCUCCUUGGCACAAUGUAAAAAAGAAUAGUAGUAUCAGAACAGGAAGGAGGGAUGGUUUGCUGGGGAACCCAUCCAGGACACUAAGAGCACAUAGAGAAUCAUCGGUGUUUGUUGACCUCAGAGUCAUUCUCAUCCUUUUCUUUUUAAUUCACACAUAUAUGCAGAGAAGCUACGUUCUUGUUAACAUUGUAUUCAACAUAGCCCCAAAUAUAUUAAGAUCUAUACUAGAUAAUCCUAGCUUGAAAUGUUAGAGAUGCUAUCUGAUAUGACUGUGGCCAUGAUUGAGGAAAGGAGCUCACGUCCAGGGCUUGGCUACUCUCCUGGGUGCCAAACCCAGGAGGUCUGGCAAAGUCAGGCUCAGGGAGACUCUGCCCUGCUGCAGCCCUCAGUGUGGACACAUGCUGCACAGAGCCCUCCUUGAAAACGCAGAGGGGUCUCAAGACAUUCUGCUUACCUAUUAGCUUUUCUUUAUUUUUUUUAAUUAAGUUUUUGGGGAAAAAGUAUUUUUGAGAAGUUUGUCUUGCAAUGUAUUUAUAAGUAGUAAAUAAAGUUUUUACCAUU